UGGUGGUGGUUGGACCGAGCAGGACAGCAGGGCUGCAUUCGUGUUCUUCUCUCUCGCCCACAUUGAGAGCAGAGGCCGUAGGCCCGGAUGUCGUCCGCCGGGAGGGCGAGGGCCGCGAGCCUGGCGGCGGUGGCGGUGCGGAUGGUGGUGGGGGCGGCGGCGCGGCCCGCGCCGAGCGCGGCGCUGAUGAUGGCGGCGGUGCGGGGGGAGGACACGGAGUUCGGGACGGCGUUGUGGUGGGCGUACGCGGCCUUCUCCGCCCUCCUGGUGCUGCUGGCCGGGAUCAUGUCGGGGCUCACCCUGGGCCUCAUGUCGCUCGGCCCCGUGGAUCUGGAGAUCCUCAUGCGCAGCGGCACCGACGCCGAGAAGGCUCAAGCCGCCGCGAUCCUUCCGGUUGUAAAGAAGCAGCACCAGCUUCUUGUCACUCUGCUGCUGUGUAAUGCUUGUGCCAUGGAGGCUCUCCCUAUAUUCCUUGACAGGAUUUUCAAUCCUGUUCUUGCUAUUAUAUUGUCAGUGACUUUUGUUCUUGCCUUUGGGGAGGUUAUACCUCAAGCAAUAUGUACUAGGUAUGGGCUGGCAGUGGGUGCUAGCUUUGUCUGGCUUGUACGCAUCGUCAUGGUCAUUGCCUAUCCUAUUGCUUACCCGAUUGGGAAGCUCCUAGACUUUGCUCUUGGGCAUGAAUCUGCGCUUUUCAGGCGAGCUCAAUUGAAAGCUCUUGUUUCUAUCCAUAGCAAAGCGGCUGGUAAGGGUGGAGAGCUUACCCAUGAUGAGACUACAAUCAUAAGUGGAGCGUUGGACUUAACUGAAAAGACCGCCGAAGAAGCUAUGACACCUAUUGAAUCAACUUUCUCUUUAGAUGUGGACUCCAAGUUGGAUUGGGAAACAAUUGGUACAAUUCUUGCCCGGGGCCACAGCCGUGUACCUGUGUAUUCAGGAAACCCUAGAAAUGUUAUAGGUCUCCUGUUGGUCAAAAGUCUUCUGACAGUUCGUGCUGAAAUAGAGACGCCAGUUAGUGCUGUUUCCAUUAGGAGGAUUCCAAGGGUUCCUUCAGACAUGCCUUUGUAUGAUAUACUGAACGAGUUUCAGAAAGGAGGUAGUCAUAUGGCUGCUGUUGUGAAGGCAAAGCCUAAGAAUGCACCACCUCAUGAUAAAACUGAACCUGGUAUGGAGUCAGCUGGGGCAACACAAGUGACUGCACCCUUGCUAGCCAGUACUGAUGAAAGGGUGGAUACUAUUAUUGUUGAUACUGAAAGACAACAGAACAUGCAGGUUAAUAGAAAUAAAGCCCACUCGAUGCAGCCGAAUGAUACACCGUCAAAUGCACUGGCUCAGUUAUCAGAGGAUAUGGAUAAUGGUAGUGUCAUUGGUAUCAUCACACUGGAAGACGUAUUUGAAGAACUCUUGCAGGAGGAGAUAGUUGAUGAGACGGACGAAUAUGUUGAUGUCCAUCAAAGGAUCCGAGUGGCUGCUGCAGUCGCUGCAUCAGCAGUUGCAAGGGUUCCAUCUUAUCGAAAAUUAUUGAGUCAAAAGGGUGCACAGGGGCAGGGUCAGCCAGGGCAACAGCCUACCGGAAUUCUGAAGAAACCUAGUGGUGAUUCAAGCAAGUCAAAAAAUAAAGUGAGCCUUGUUGAGCCUCUUCUAUAAAACGGGAGGUAAUUUUAGAUGUAUCACAUCAAUGUAAAGAUGGAAGAACACAGGGGUAUUGGGAAACUUUUUUCCGUUCUUGCAAUCUUCGGCAAGCAAUAAAUACAAGCGAACUUGCUCUGUAAAUUUCAAGUACAGCAACGUUUGAUGACCACUUUUGAAACCA